AUGCUCUCCUCCUCUGCUCGCAUACACUGCCGUAAUGCUGCCGCGCCAGCGGCCCUCCAUUCACGGUCCGCACAGACGUUCAAGGCGUUCUAUGCUACAAUACGGAGCUUGCGGAAUACCUACGAGCCUCCAGACCCGGACGAUGUGGAACCGUCGGAAAAGGAUUUCAUCCUCUCCCUCCUCCGCGCAAACCCUUCACUGAGGGACACAAAAUCAUACCUCGCCUCCUUCGGACCACGCCCUAAACCCCCACAACCCCCCGCGUCUGUGACAACGGAGUCGCCGCUCGUCACGGACCAGGAUGUGGACGCCGAGACGGAGACAAAACCUCCGGACAUCAAGCCCGCCACCAGCACUGUGGUGGCAUCGAUCCUCAAUCCAGUGUACAGGCGUACGGCGUUGGUCAAGCUCCAGGCGCCGUUCACGGACCGGCAGCUCGAGAGCAUCGCGCGGGGCAUGAUCUACCUGGAGAAGCUCGGGCUCGUCAGCGUGAUCGUCGUCGAGAACGACCAGCUCGCAAAAGGCGAGGGCGGCGAGCGCGCCGCGCUCACAGAGGAGGCCAUGCGCGUCGUCAACGCGCUCGAAAACCAAGGCGCGCGGGCCCGCCCGGUGCUCGGUGCGGUCGUCCGCCUCGGGCCACGUCCCGGCGACGAGGAUUCUUCCGAGCCGAGGGACUACAUCCUUCCUGAAGCGCACACGAAGCCGUCCGACCUCAUCCAUAUACGUUCGGCGCUGCGUGCCGGCGAAAUACCUGUGCUUCCGCCGUUCGCCCUGGACUCGUUCUGUCGCAGCGUCCGGGUGGAAGCGAACGACGUGAUUGCCGCGCUUGUCCGUGGCAUGGGUGAGGCGGCGGCGCUCGAGGACACGCCAGGCCACGGAGAUGAGAGUCCCUCCACCUCCCACGACGAGAUCGACUUGACGCCGUUACGGCUCAUGAUCAUCACGCGCGAGGGAGGCGUUCCUUCGUACGCGCGCCAGGGCCUCCCCCAUCUCCUCAUCAACCUCACGUCCGAGUACUCGUACAUUCGCGAAACGUUCGAUCCGCGAUGGAAGCCUGCCCACCCCACAGCGCUCAACAACCUCGAGCUCGCCCGGACGUGUCUGGCGUUCAUGCCGCCCACAUCCUCCGCCGUCAUGGUCUCGCACCGCUCCCCCAGCUCCCUGAUCGGCAACCUCAUCACCAACCGGCCCGCCGUCAGCUCGAGCCUCCCGCACGCGCUCCUCCAGGGGAACCGCAAGCUGACCCCGCACACGCCCACCCUCCUCCGGCGGGGCCUGCCGAUCCGCGUCGUGCGCCGCGUGGACGAGAUCGACAAGCCGAAGAUGAAGGCGCUCCUCGAGCAGUCCUUCCGGCGCACGCUCUGCGAGGACGCCUUCUGGGAACGCAUGCAGCGCGACCUCGACUUCGUGAUCAUCGCGGGCGACUACGCCGGCGCGGCGAUCGUCACGCGCGAGCCGUGCCCCGCGGGCACGCCCGCCGCGGUCGCCCCGAUCACGUACCUCGACAAGUUCGCGGUGCUGCCGAGCCACCAGGGCGACGGCACGGUCGACUUCCUCUGGGUCGCGCUGCACGACGAGACGUACGGGCUCGGGCUGCCGUUCAGCGCGAACCCGAACGGCGGCAAGCAGGGCGCGGGCGAGGGCCGCGACCUCGUGUGGCGCAGCCGCGCGGACAACCCGGUCAACAAGUGGUACUUUGAGCGCAGCACGGGGCACGUGCGCCAGGGCGACUGGGUGCUGUUCUGGUGCGACGCGGAGGUAAGGCUGAAGACGGAGGAGGGGCGGCGCGCGAACGCGGGGCUGUCGUACCUCGAGGAGUGGGAGAGGGGCCGGCUGGCGUCGUGGAACGACGUGGUGAUGAAGAUCCCGAGCAGCUGGAAGCCGAAAACAUAG